AUGUAUGGCGAGCGGAUCGUAAUCCCCCGAAAACUGCAGAAGAAGGUUCUACAACAACUCCACAAGGGACAUCCAGAAAUAGACCGAACGCGCUCUCUGGCCAGGAAUUACGUCUAUUGGCCAAAUAUCGACGACCAGAUCGCAGAGCUGGUACGUUCCUGUUCAGCAUGCUCUUCGGUUGCCAAAGUGGAUACCAAAACCAAACUUCAAUCCUGGCCGAUCCCCGAGAAGGUUUGGCAAAGAGUCCACAUAGAUUUUGCAGGACCAAUCAACGACACGUACUACCGGUUCUCUCUCCAGGUGGACUCUCUCUCCAAGUGGCCGGAAAUUGUCCCAACGAAGCGCAUCACCACUUCCGCCACCAUCACCAUUCUGCGCCAAAUCUUCGCCCGUUUCGGAAUGCCCGAAGUUCUCGUUUCCGACAACGGGACUCUACUGACCAGUGACCAGUUCGAACGAUUCUGUGAUGCCAACGGAAUCUUGCAUUUGAAAACCGCACCUUUUCAUCCCCAAAGCAACGAGCAGGUGGAAAGAUUCGUCCACACAUUCAAGAGAACAAUUAAGAAAAUUCAAGCGGGAGGAGAAGAACUGGAUGCAGCCCUGGACACCUUCCUUAGUUGCUACAGAUCGACACCAUGCCGGAGCGCACCUGAGGGGAAAUCGCCAGCAGAAAUUCUCCUUGGUAGACCGUUGCGCACUUCGCUCGAACUCCUGCGACCACCAAGCUGA